UUUUAAUUUUUUUCCUUGUAGCGCAGCAGAGCAGAGCUCUCUGUACAGGUCGACUACUCUCUUCAAAAUCUCACAAGAAUCCCUCUUUCUGUUCGAAUUUUGCCCUAAAAAAGGUGGAAUUGAAAUUGGAAUUAAAGCAUCAACUUGCAAUUCGGCUACGGAAUCGGGUGGAUUUGAACACAAUCCAGCUGUGUUAAACUGAAUCAGAGGUAGGACAGAACUCCGUUCCCGAUUCAGGAUAGCAACUCAAUGAUAACUCGGUCGAAACUCGUCGAACAACUCAGAGAUUACCAGAUCCGAUCCCAGCACAAGUGCCCCGCCCUCACUGUAUUCUCUCCCAAACCUCUUCUCUCCACCUGGACUGAUGUUGCAGUUGCUAUUUUCUGGGCCGUGAUCUUUAUCGUGCUUCUAAUUACAUCAUAUGCCACCCUUUACUUAAAACACUACUGGGUUUCUUUCUUCAUCGUUUGCCUCGGCAUCCUCGUUCCUAUUCGUUUGAAAUUUUCAAGGCAGUCCCUCGCAAGGAAAAGGGAUAGAAGAUUGUUACUGCCUCUAUCCAUGUGAAUCACCCGCAGCAAAAAAAAGUCGGUUUUUUUUUUUUCAGUUACUUUUCAAGAAACUGAGAGCUGCAAACACCAAUUGACUUACAAAUUUGUCAACCUUCUAUAUGAAAUAUAGUUUGGCUUUCUCCAAAAAGAAAAAUAUGAAUUAUUCGAGGAAAAUCUAACGAGCCCUUUGAGGUCUUUUCGUUUUGCAGCUAUUCAAUUGUAAAUGUAUAUCUAUCUAUAGGUAGUCGAAUUUAACAUUAUUUCAUAUUUGCCAUUAAGUUUGUGUUAUUAGAGGUAUGCUCAAUAAAUUUCUAGUUAGUAAGCAAUAGUAAUUAAUUUGAUGUUAA